AUGGCUGCUACUCUGUCAAUCAAGAGAAUACCCAGCGGGGCUGAAGACAGCGAGGUAGUGUCGUUCGAAGCACAGCCGUACGCCUUUCAGUUCGAUCCUUCGGCAGCGGCGCUUGUGAUCAUUGACAUGCAACGCGAUUUCCUGCUGAAGGAUGGCUUCGGUUACAUACAAGCAGGGGAUGCCGGAGUGGAAAAGGUGCAAGCCACUAUCAAGCCGACGUUGGAGGUAUUGCGUAAGUUCCGCGAGCGUGGGAUUCAUGUAAUUCAUACGCGCGAAGGCCACCGGCCGGAUUUGAGAGACUUGCCUACGCCCAAGUUAUUGAGACAAGCCCGCGCUCCCAAUACUCGUCACUCGAUGGUCAUUGGAGAUCUUGGCCCAAUGGGAAGGCUCCUCACCAGAGGAGAAUACGGUCAUGAUAUUAUUGACGAGUUGCAGCCAGUGGCCGGAGAGUUCGUGAUUGACAAGCCGGGGAAGGGCAGUUUCUUCUCUACGACAUUACACGAGCAUCUGGUCGAUCGAGGCAUCACACACUUGAUUGUAGCUGGUGUCACCGUGGAAUGUUGCGUGACCACUACCGUUCGGGAAGCUAAUGACCGAGGAUUUGACGCUUGUAUCCUUAGGGACUGCACAGAUGGGUUCGUGUCAACAUUCAAAUCUGCGUCGUUAGACAUGAUCCAUUUUUCGGAAGGACUAUUCGGGUUUGUUAGCGAGUCACAGCCUUUACUUGCAGCUUUGUCAUCGUUCCCGCCUCAUCCCAAAAAUUUGGCACUUGAUUGGGACGGUUCGAUGAGUAUAGAAGCACUUAAAAAUGCAUAUUCUAGCGGUCUUUCUCCUGUCACAGUUGUUAGACAUGUCCUCAAAAAGAUAAGCGCAGAUAAGCCGCAACAUUCGGCAGUUUGGCUUAGCCUUGCAUCAUCCAAGAACCUCUUGGGCAGAGCAGAAGACCUAGAACGAUCCGGUGAUUGUAAUUUACCUCUAUUCGGUGUACCAUUUGCUGUCAAAGAUAACAUCGACGUUUCCGGACUGCCCACGACUGCCGCAUGUCCGGGAUUCGAAUAUGUCCCGGAAAAGUCAGCUUUCGUUGUGACAAAACUAGAAGCUGCCGGAGCUAUAGUCAUUGGUAAGACAAAUCUCGAUCAAUUCGCAACCGGGCUUGUCGGCACCAGAUCGCCCUAUGGAGCGUGUUAUUGUACAUUUAGUCCUAGACACAUUUCAGGUGGUUCAAGUUCGGGUUCCGCUGUUGCUGUCGCCUUGGGGCACGUCUCGUUCGCCCUUGGAACAGAUACAGCAGGAUCUGGCCGCAUUCCAGCCUCGUUCAACAAUAUCGUCGGGCUAAAACCUACCAAGGGUACAGUAUCCACAGCCGGUGUCCUACCCGCAUGCAGGACACUUGACUGUGUGUCUUUCUUCGCCAGUACGAUCUCCGAUGCAAGAAUUGCAUGGCUUGCGGCUAAGGCACACGAUCCAGAGGACCCUUAUGCUCGGAGCUCACCGUCACUAGCAUCUUUGAACAGCAGAUCUGUGCUUCACGGAGACGCACUUUCUCCAGCGUAUCAAGAACAGUUUGCCAAGGUCCUUUCUCUUGUUCGCGGUCUGGCCAAUAUUGAAGAAGUCAAUUUUGACUGGUCAGCAUAUCUUGCCGCGUCUGAUUUGCUGUACAAAAGUGCCCUUGUCACCGAAAGAACUGCUGCGGUGCAGGAACUACUGGGCAGCAAAGCAAAGAGGAUAUCUUUGCAUCCGGUAACACAGAAAGUUCUGGAUUCGGCAAGUUCGAAGACAGCAACUGAUGUGUUCCGCGAUGUCCACAAAGCUCAACGACUAUUGAAAGUCAUUGAAGCUGAGUUCGACAAGUGUGAUAUCCUUGUUGUACCCACCGCUCCAAAUCAUCCUACCGUUGCGGAAGUUGAGCAAGACCCAAUAGUGCCAAAUUUGAAGCUGGGUAUCUUCGCAAGUGCGGUCAAUAUUCUUGACCUAGCUGCCGUCGCCAUACCAGCGGAACAUAUUGACGGUCUGCCGUUUGGUAUAUCAAUCAUCGCUCCUGCGUUCAGGGAAGGUUUUAUCCUGAAAGUGGCGGAGAGGAUUCGAAAGAGAAUGGAGCAUUUCGUGCUGUAG